AUGUCAAGCGCCUACGGUCGCGUUGGUUUCCCUUCCUCCACCUCCACGUGGAUGGACGGUGGCCGCUGGUCCGCAAGUCGCAUCGCGGCUCGAACGGCGUUCGCGUCCGAGGGCACCGACGGCUCGAUGGAGGCGGCAAGAGGCGCUUCGAGGGACACGUGGCCUCUGAAACCGUCCUGGCCCUGGCACUUGCCCGGGAGCGAUUUGCCCGGCAGUGGUGACUCUCCUGGCGUAGAGAGGCGCCGCCACCUCACGGUGCGGUCGGUGGACCAGCGGAUUGCGGCCAACCGGGCGCGGCACCGCACGAGCGACUACGAGGUGGACAACCUCGUGCUGCGCCGCGGGGAGGCCUUUGACCUGCAGCUCAAGCUGAACCGCCCCUACGACCCCAGAGAAGACAAGAUUCGCCUGGAACUGCAGAUCGGACGCUUCCCGCUGGAGAGCAGGGGCUCCCUUGUGGUGGCAGAGGUGAACAAAUGUAAGACCGAGAGCCGCUUCGGUGCCACGGUGUUGUACUCCGGCGGCAAAAAACUCACCAUCUCCGUCAACCUGGCUCCCAACUGCAUUGUGGGCCGGUUCGAGAUGUACGUCGUGACCGAGUCGAACGGACGGCUGAACAGGACCGAGAGGGACCCCGAUACGGACAUCUACGUGCUCUUCAACCCGUGGUGCAGAGAGGACCAGGUGUUCAUGCGCGACGAGUCGUGGAGGCGGGAGUACGUGCUCAACGACACGGGCUGCCUCUACCUGGGCACGAGCGAGCAGAUCGUGACGCACCACUGGAACUUCGGGCAGUUCGAGCGCGGAAUCCUGGACGUCUGCCUCUCCCUCCUUGACAAGGGGGACCUGGGCAUGAGUUCCCGCGGGAGCCCCAUCGCCGUGUCUCGCACCGCCUCUGCCAUUGUGAACGCCAACGACGAUCGCGGCGUGCUGAAGGGCCGCUGGUCGGGACGCUACAAUAACGGCGUUCCGCCCACCGCGUGGAACGGCAGCGUCGACAUCCUCCUGCGCUACGGCCGCACGGGACGUCCCGUCCGCUACGGCCAGUGCUGGGUGUUCUCCGGCGUGAUCGUCACCGUUCUCCGCUGUCUGGGCAUCCCGUGUCGCAGCAUCUCCAACUUCUCGUCGAUGCACGACCAGAAUGCGAAUCUGACCAUGGACACUUACUUGGACCAGGACAUGUGGCCCAUCGACUCGCUGAACCACGACUCCAUCUGGAACUUCCACGUGUGGAACGAGGCGUGGAUGGCGAGGCCCGAUCUGCCGGGCAACAACAACGGCUGGCAGGUCGUGGACGCGACGCCGCAGGAGCAGAGCGACGGCCUCAUGCAGUGCGGGCCCGCACCGCAGGUGGCGGUCAAGAACGGCCACGUGCACAUCAAGCACGACACCCCCUUCGUCUUCGCAGAGGUCAACGGCGACCGCGUGUACUGGGUCUGGGGCAAGGACUGGAGGUUCCACAAGGUGUACACCGACACGUCUGUCAUCGGCAAGGACAUCAGCACCAAGGCGGUGGGCAGCAUGCGGCGAGAGGACAUCACCCUGCAGUACAAGUUCCCCGAGGAGAGACGUGGACGCGACCGCCAGGUCGUGACCCUCUCGUUCGCCAUCGGCGACGCGGCGGUGGGCGGCGACUUUACGGUGAAGGUCCUCGUCGCGAACGACGAAGGGGUCGCCGCCGCCGCCGUCGCCACCGUGACGGUUCACGUGCAGGGGGACUUCGCCUCCUACACGGGAGCCACGCGGCAGCGAUUCAAGAGGGACACGGCUACUGCCGUGCUCAAGGCCGGCGAGGCCUGUGAGUUGGAGUUCCCGGUGCUGGUGAGCGACUACCUGCUCCACCUCAGCGAGCACGCACUCGAGGUGUAA